AUGACGUCUAGCAGGUUAAUUGGUCGGCAUGAGGGAGCUGAAUACAAAAGGGAAUUUCUGGCCUCUAAAGGUGGUCUUCUGGCUAGAUCGUGUAGAGAGAAAGUUGUAGCAAAGCUAGUUGACUACGUCAUGGUCACACAGGAUUUAAACCCACAACCUCAAGAUUUGAAUUCCAUAGCCUUAACCAAUAUACCACCUGCAUACACCUGGACGGAUGCUGUAGAUGAAAGCCUGGUGUCAGCGUCUUCUGAGCUUAACCUCACAGACAUCGAAUCGAUGAGCACACUCCUUGACAUUGAUAAGGAGUUUGACAUUCCACAAGUUGACACUCCACCAACUCUUGAAAGCAUCCUAAAUGAGACUGAAGAUGAAGAUGAGCCAUUUGUCCUGGAAGAAACAUCAUUAUUGAAUGCUGAGAAUAUUGACACUCAUUCCUGUGAAACAUCUUCACUUGCCAGCUCAGAUAGUGGUGACAGGAUGUUUUUAAAAAGAAGAAGACGACUGACAGAAAGCAGCACUACUGUUCAUGGAUCUGUUCUCCGACAUAGCACCCUGAAAGGAGUGUCUGCUCAGAUUGUGUCUGCAGCAGACAAGGUGGAUGCUGGUUUACCAACUUCCGUGGCCGUGUCAAAUGUUAUAGCUGUGGGCACAUCGCAUGGACUUGCUCUUGUGUUUGGAAAAGAUCCAAACCAAGCACUUAGGCUGUGUCUUGGAAGCACUGCUCUUGGUGGUCAGUAUGGAGCUGUAUCUGCACUCAGCAUUAACAAUGACUGUACUCGACUGCUGUGUGGUUUUGCCAAAGGACAGAUUACCAUGUGGGAUUUAGCAAAUGGUAAGCUGCUUAGAACAAUAACGGAUGCUCAUCCUCCUGGAACUGCAAUCCUUCAUAUUAAGUUUACAGAUGACCCAACACUGGCUAUUUGCAAUGACAGUGGAGGAUCUGUGUUUGAGCUGUCUUUCAGAAGAGUGAUGGGAAUGAGAACGUGUGAGUCCCGUUGUUUGUUCAGCGGUUCUAAAGGAGAAGUAUGCUGUAUUGAACCUCUACAUUCUAAGGCAGAAUUAAGAGACCACCCUAUUGCACAGUACUCUCUGCUUGCUAUGGCAUCCUUAACAAAGAUUUUAUUAAUUGGACUAAAGCCAUCUCUGAAAGUGUGGAUGACAUUUCCUUAUGGUAAGACUGAUCCUGCUAGUGUUCCACUUUUAGCUUGGCACUUUGUAGCUGUUCAGAAGUCUAUAAACCCUAUGUUGGCAUUUUGUCGUGGUGAUGUGGUACAUUUUCUUUUAGUUAAAAAGGAAGAGUCUGGAGCAAUACAUGUCAUCAAGCAAAAACAGCUACACUUAUACUAUGACAUCAUCAGUUUAAUGUGGAUCAAUACUAGGACUCUGGUGUUACUGGAUAGUGCAGAGAAGAUCCAUGUUAUUGACAGGCCAAGUCAAGAAGAGUUGGAAACCUUAGACAUUGCUGAAGUCCAGCUCAUUUAUAACAGCAGUCACUUUAAAUCUUUGGCGACGGGUGGAAAUGUCAGCCAGGCACUGGCAUUAGUCGGUGAAAAAGCAUGCUAUGAAUCGGUGUGCAGCUAUGGAGGACAAAUUGUGUUCCUUGGAACAAAGUCAGUCCAUAUUAUGACCCUCAGAAGCUGGAGAGAGAGAGUGGACCAUUUAUUAAAGCAAGAGAAAUUUGUAGAGGCAUUAUCUCUAUCAUGGUCAUUCCAUGAGGGCACUGCUAGGGCUGUGGUAGGGUUAUUUGGGGAUCCAAACAAGAGAAAAGGUGUAGUAGCAGACAAGAUGGUUGAGAUUCUUCUGCAGUAUGCUGACCGUUCAUUAAAGAAAUGUCCAGAACAAGGCAAAAUCCAAGUAAUGGAGCAGCAUUUUCAGGAUAUAGUGCCCAUCAUGGUUGAUUACUGCCUCCUCCUCCAACGCACUGAUCUACUUUUUAGCCAGAUAUAUUCGAAGAUGGGGGAAAAUUCUGUUGCAAAGGCUGUCUUCCUUGAAUGUUUGGAACACUACAUCCUCAGUGAUCGGCUAGUUGGCCUUACUCCACAUGUUAUGAAGGAUCUUCUUAUCCAUUUUCAGGACAAUGGCAUGAUGGACAGCAUUGAGUCUUGUAUUGUACACAUGGACAUUACUAGCCUUGAUAUUCAAUGGGUUGUUCAGCUGUGUUGGGAACAUCAUCUUUAUGAUGCAAUGAUUUAUGUAUACAACAGCGGGAUGAAUGAUUACCUUACUCCUAUGGAGAAAUUGUUCCAGAUGAUUGGUCCUCCAUUGCGUGCUGGGAAAUCUCUUUCAGAUGAUAAAGUCACCAUGGGUAACAAACUUCUUGUCUAUAUAAGUUGCUGCCUGGCUGGACGUGCAUAUCCUUUAGGUGAUAUUCCAGAUGACCUUGUUGGUUUGGUGAAAAACCAGGUUUUUGAGUUUCUUAUUCGACUCCACUCCCCUGAAGCCAGUCCUGAUGAGGAAGUGUACCCUUACAUUCGGACUCUUUUGCACUUUGACACAAGAGAAUUUCUCAAUGUCUUGGCAUUGACCUUUGAAGAUUUUAAGAAUGAUAAACAAGCCUUAGAGUAUCAACAGAGAAUUGUGGACAUUUUACUUAAGGUAAUGGUGGAAAAUUCAGACUUUACACCAUCUCAAGUGGGAUGCCUCUUCACCUUUCUUGCUCGACAGCUUGCUAAACCAAACAACACUUUGUUUGUAAACAGAAAGCUUUUUGAUCAGGUUCUUGAAUUUCUGUGUACUCCAGAUGAUGACUCCAGACAUACAGAGAGACAGCAGGAACGGUGGUGGGCAGCUAAAGCUAUGGAACUUCAAGCGGCAGCAACUCAUCAUGACAUGAAGGCAUUCUACGACAGACUGAAAGCCGUGUAUGGACCACGUGACUCUGGAAGUGUACCUGUGCGAUCCAAAGAUGGUAGUUCACUUAUCAUGGAUUGGAACAAGAUCCUGGAAAGUUGGGUUGAACACUUUCAAGCAGUAUUAAACCAAGAAUCCUCGUUUGAUGAGAGUGUGCUAGCUGAAAUACCACAGUGGCAAAUAGCUGACAUCCUUGGUAUACCCUCAUCUGAGCAUGAAGUCUUACAUGCCAUCAAAUGCAUGACAUCUGGAAAUGUGCCAGGAGUGGACAGUCUCGUUCGAGAAGUGUUUAAGUAUGGGUGCCACCAGCUAGCACGCAAACUAACAAGUGAUGAGGUUUUCAGUUACAUUCACAACAUUCUAUCGAUCCCAGGACACAGUCCAGACGAAAAGCAGUCCGUGUGGGAGAAGACAAUGGAGCACAUUAAGGAGCUGGCAUUGAUCGAUCCUACCAAAGCAGCUGAUCUAGUUGCUAUUCAUUUUGAAUCUGAAAUUCCAAGUAUUAUUGACAAACUUGAGGAAAAUUUUUUGAGAUUGCAGUUUCUGAGGUAUCUGCUUGAUCCAAGAGAGGGUAAUCAAAACCUGAAGCUAAUCAAGUUAAACUCUAGUUUCCAUGAGUGCUACCUUGAUCUUCUUUGCAUCUUUAGUCACAGAGAGGUGACAGAAUUUUUAAAACUGUCUGAGCACUAUCGAUUGGAGGAAGCCAUUCAGAUCACUCGGAAACAUAAUCUAAAUAAUGCUACAGCAUACUUGCUAGAGAAUAAAGGAGAUAUACAUGGUGCUUUCCAGGUCCUACUUCAGGACCUGAAGAAGAAACUCUCAUUGCUAACCACUUGUGAUGCAGCUUUGAAAGAAGAUGAGGACUGUCUACAAAGUAUAGAAGCAGCACUGGAAGAAGUGAUAGCACUUUGCCAACGGAGCUCUGAUCAUCUUAACCAAGAGCAAAGAGAGGCACUGUGGUUCCCAUUAUUGGAGGCAAUGAUGUCACCUCAGAAGUUUCUAAAAGAGUCGUCUUCAUAUAACGUCUCAGAAUCUUUGAAGCAGUUAACAAUGCAAGUAAUGAACAGCAUGACAGGAUUUAUUGCUUUACCAUCAAUUCUGCAGCGCAUCCUUCAGGAUCCUGUUUAUGGCAGGGGCAAGCUGGCAGAGAUCAAGGGUCUCAUUCUGGGAAUGCUGGAAACAUUUAACUAUGAGCAGACUCUUCUAGAAACCACUAACAAUCUCUUAAAUCAUGAUCUUCAUUGGUCUUUAUCCAACCUUCGGGCUGCUGUGUGCAGAGGAUUAAGCCCCCGCCUAGAUCAUUGCAGCAUUUGUCUCCAACAAUACAAGAAACGACAGGAGCUAGAUGAGGAGAUCAUAGUUUUCAGUUGUGGCCACCUGUAUCAUUGUCAGUGUCUGCGAAGUAAGGAUUGCAAUCUACAGGGUGAAAGGAGGUCUGGCUGGAGCUGCUAUAAGUGUACUUCCAACAUCAAAGGAAGUAAGCUCAGAGAGAGAGUUGCUGCAGAUACAGACAAACAUAAAUUAUCUUCUCUUGCACAGAUAAAAGUGACAUCUGUUGGUAAUGGAGGAUUUGGGGAAUCAAGGGAUAAAAAGGUUUUUUCAGAUGUGACAUUGGAUGCACAGCAAAGUCAGGCAUUUGACCAACUUUGUUGCAUUUACAGAGGGUCAUCUAGAUUGGCCAUUUUAACUGAACUCUCGCAAUCCCGUGGUUAUGAGAAGUCCACUCGCCUGAGCCCCAGCACUUCCCGGAGCAGUGGCAGCGUUCACCAGGAGAACUUUGGACUGAAGCUCGCCCCGCCACCCUUUGCUGAGGACUGAUCAGCUCUACUGUGUGCCAUGCCAAUGCCAUAUAAAUAAAGAGAGGAUGAAAACUUGG